UGUGCCAAGGCCUCCAGCUUUAAGAAGCCCUCGCUAGGAGCCGCGGCCCAGAGGAAGAAAGCGAGUGCCAAGCUGGAGCUCAGUGAGGAGCAGAAGCAGGAGAUCCGGGAGGCUUUCGACCUGUUUGACACAGACGGCACCGGGAACAUAGAUGUUAAGGAGCUAAAGGUGGCCAUGAGAGCACUAGGGUUUGAACCCAAAAAAGAAGAGAUCAAGAAAAUGAUAUCAGAUAUCGAUAAGGAAGGAACAGGAAAAAUCAGCUUCAGUGACUUCUUGGUAGUGAUGACACAGAAAAUGGCUGAAAAAGAUUCCAAAGAGGAGAUUCUCAAAGCUUUCAAACUCUUCGAUGACGAUGAAACUGGCAAAAUCUCUUUCAAAAACCUCAAACGUGUCGCCAAAGAACUGGGGGAAAAUCUCACAGAUGAAGAGCUGCAGGAAAUGAUUGAUGAAGCAGACAGAGAUGGGGAUGGAGAAGUGAACGAGCAGGAAUUCUUGCGGAUCAUGAAGAAGACCAGCCUUUACUGAACCAGAAUUUUAUUUAUUUUUGCACAUGUGUAUGUAUGUUUGGUAGGUGCCUCAAUUUUUUACAGUCUUUUAUUUCUUUUGAGACAGCAGAAAAUAUAGGUCAAUAUUUUUUUUAGAUGGAUGAUCUUAAACUUGUGUUUGUGAACAGUUACCAACCACUAACCUGUUUAUAUGUAACAACGUGGUUGCUUGUUUGUGCUCGUAAGAGGGUCACAUACUCUGUUUUCGAUACACAAAUCACAUUUUUCAGUGACAGU